GUCUGCAUUUUUUCCCCCUGACAUGGAGAAGGGGAGCAGAGCGAGUAUUUACUCGCUCCACUUGGAAAUUGUAGUCCUGGAGCUUUUGAGUUGAUUUGCGUAACUGAAAGAGUGGAAGUGGCAGAAUCUAACAUUUUUCUAUCCGAAUAAAUUCCCGGACGCAGGUUACCAUGCGAUAUUGUUGGACAAACGUCAUCUUUGCUUUGGUAUCCAUGGCAACCCUAGCACUGUGCCAAAGUGGAGAUGGGGACUGGGGUUCAGGCUUUGACAUCUACUCUGUGAUAAUGGCCACCAAUAACACAUUGCAGGCUGUUGGUGAUGAGCCUGCGAAGGUCAAAAACAGCCACGACUGGACCACAUCGGCAACACCGUCACCUACACCUGUGCUCCACCACGAGCCCCAGCCGGACAGGUGCUCAGUCCACUUCAGCACCAACACUGCUUCAGCUCGAAGGCUGAAGGCCCAGAGAGAGGAGCUGGCCUACCUGCAGGCCAUACAGCAUGGGAACAAGGCAGUGAUGGAGAACUUAGUGCAAUUUGUAGGGGAUGAACUGGGAGAUCAGCGCUAUGAAGAUGUGAUCAAGGAAAAUGUAAUUAGUAUUCAAGAGGAUCAGAAGAGCUGCCACGAAGUGGUAGAAAAAGCAGAAGAGGAUCUAAAAAAGCAGCUGGAGGGAGACGUACCGGACUCCUUCUCUGGGAUCCACAAAAUCAGAGAGGAGUCCUUGGCCUUUGAAGACAUGCUUCGUGCUGCAGCGGACAUCGCCAGCAGGCUGGAGAGCUCAGCACAGGCCCUGCACGCUUCAUUCACCAAGCAAAUGAAAGACAUUGUGAAAAUCCAUCGCUGAGAAAGCAUUGAAAAGUGUUUUGAAAAGUGUUUAUGCAUCAUCCUUGAAUUUGUGAAUGAUGUUUGGCAUUCCAUGAGGUCCCAAAUUCAGGAAAUAUACCCUCUCGCCAUUUUGUAAUUGUAUUUUUAUGUACAUGUGCUGAGCAGUGCUGGGAUGCAACAGUGUGUUAAGGUUAGACUUCACAUCAACUGAAGCAGUCAACGAAGAUGGAUUGUUGACACCUCCCUUUCACUGAAUAUCCCCAGGACGGAUGACAUAUGAUUUUCCAUCCACGCAUUAUUCAUGGAAUUUUUGUGAGGUCAAAUAUGGGAACAGCAUGCAGUGCAGCUUUGAGCUAAGCUCCGUGUUUAUGGAUCAAAAUAGAUGGGCCUUCGGAGAACAAAACAUAAUGACUCUGUUACUCUUCUCCAGGGGAAGCUAUGGGUUGGCCAUCUGGUUCCAGGGUAAGGAUGGAGUCUGGGAUAUACUUAUAAUGACUAUGUGGUAAUAGAGAUUUUGUUUCUGCAACAAUAAGUGAGGGAGGGGACUGGAACAACUAAUAAAGGGUUUGUUUUCUUAAGAGAAAUAUCCAUGGGGAUAAAUUUCUAUAUAAAUAUUAAGACAGAUCCUAUGAUUAGAGGGGGAAAAAAGAGGAUAAACUGUCUAUGCAAGAUAUGUUUGCACAGUUUCCAGGCUUAAGCAACCUAUUUAAACAAGGUUUCUCUUUAAUCCCGGUAGGACUUCCUGAAGGGGGAUGCCUUUUCAUUUUUUAAAAUAAAAUAUGUAGCAUUAUAUUGUUACAAGUUUAGAAAAU